UACAGGUUCCAGCCUCCUCCGGGACGCCACCAUAAAGAACUGGGACAAUGUUGCUGUCACAAAAAGAGCUUCUCAUUUCAUUCCUCAUCACAUCUGCGGAGCAAGCCAACGCAUCUGCAUCUCUUCUCGGACUUGGUUGUGAUCCCUCUGUAAGAUGACCCACCAGUUUCCGACCCUCACCACGGAGCAGAAGAAGGAGCUGCAUGAGAUCGCUCUGCGCAUCGUGGCUCCUGGGAAAGGCAUUCUAGCAGCUGAUGAAUCAGUUGGCAGCAUGGGAAAGCGUCUGAAUCAGAUAGGAGUGGAGAACACAGAGGAGAAUCGUCGCCUGUAUCGCCAAGUCCUCUUCAGCGCAGACGACCGCAUUGACAGCUGCAUCGGCGGAGUAAUUUUUUUCCAUGAAACCCUCUACCAGACUUCAGAUGAUGGUGUUCCUUUUGUUAAAAUGAUCAAAGACAAAGGGAUCACUAUUGGCAUCAAGGUUGACAAAGGAGUAGUUCCCCUGCCAGGAACUAAUGGAGAAACAACUACACAAGGGCUGGAUGGUCUGUCAGAGAGAUGCGCUCAGUACAAGAAAGAUGGAGCAGAUUUUGCCAAGUGGCGCUGUGUGAUGAAGAUCAGUGACACGGCUCCAUCUCCGCUGUGCAUCACAGAAAAUGCAAAUGUCCUUGCACGCUAUGCUACUAUCUGCCAGCAGCAUGGGAUUGUACCCAUAGUGGAACCUGAGAUCCUACCUGAUGGAGAUCAUGACCUCAAGCGCUGCCAGUUUGUUACAGAGAGGGUUUUGGCAGCAGUGUACAAGGCCAUGUUUGAUCAUCAUGUGUAUCUGGAGGGCACCCUGCUCAAGCCCAACAUGGUGACCCCUGGACAUGGAUGCCCCACCAAAUACAGUGCCGAGGAGGUUGCCAUGGCGACCGUCACUGCUCUACGUCGCACCGUGCCUCCUGCAGUCACUGGAAUAACUUUUCUCUCCGGAGGCCAGAGUGAAGAGGAGGCCUCUGUCCACUUAAAUGCCAUCAAUAACUGCCCGCUGGUAAAGCCCUGGGCACUGACCUUUUCUUUUGGUCGGGCGCUGCAGGCCUCAGCACUGAAGACCUGGCGUGGUCAGAAAGAAAACCAGAGUGCUGCCACUGAGGAGUUCAUCAAACGUGCUGAGAUCAACAGUCUGGCAUCCCAGGGGAAGUAUUCUGGUGGAGGGGACAGCAGUGGAGCUACUGGGCUUUCCCAUUACCUGUCUAGCUAUGCAUACUGAAAUGCUACCUUUACCUGCUGCCUAUGAUUAUUCAGAAUCUCCUCAGAUACAGCCAAUUCCACUGCCACUGUUGUAGAAACGACUGUACUCUGAUACACAUACACAACUUCGAGGUGUAUCUUGGGUUCAGUACGUAGCUGUUUGGACUAAAUCAGUAUUAGAGCUGUUGAAAUUAAUUAAACAACUCAAACACUGUUCAUAAAACCUUAUAAAUGAUUAUGAAUACCAUAUAGAUAAAUGUGAUCUAGUGAUCUUGUCACUCAGCCAACACAAUUUGGGUUUCUCUUUACAGCUUGUGCUGUGCAGUGCUUGAUGAAAACAUGAUUUAAACGUCUGUGUGUAAUGGAUAGAAAUAAGCUUAUUUACACUUAGUACCUGUGAGCUGUGUGCUUUUGGUGAGUGUUGUGGUAUUCUGUGUGACUAGAUAAAUGUGAUCAGAAAAUACUGCAUAAGAUGUAAUAAAUUCUGAAAAUAU